AUGAAGUUCUCCAUCGUCUUCGCCGGCCUCUUCGCCUCCGCCACCAUGGCCUCCCCCCAGGGCAACAUCACCCCCAACACCAUGGGCGCCCUCGAGCGACGCGCCUCGUUCCCCAUCCCCGCCUCCAAGGGCUCCGUCACCUACAAGAGCGCCCAGACCAUCUCCGGCACCUUCGACGGCGGCAUGAAGACCUACGGCCGCGGCGUCAAGUGCACUGGCCAGGUCGAGGGCACAGACGCCGACGCUGUCUUCAUCCUCAAGAACGGCGCUACCCUCAAGAACGUCAUCAUUGGCGCUGAUCAGAUCGAGGGUGUUCACUGCGAGGGCUCUUGCACUAUUGAGAACGUCUGGUGGAAGAAGGUCUGCGAGGAUGCUCUCUCCCUCAAGGGUGACGGUAACGCUCUCAUCAAGGGUGGUGGUGCUACCGGUGCUGAAGACAAGGUCAUCCAGCACAACGGUCUCGGAACGGUCACCAUCGAUGGCUUCACCGUUGUUGACUUCGGUAAGCUCUACCGAUCUUGCGGUAACUGCAAGAAGAUGGGCACCCGCAACGUUGUCGUCAAGAACGUCAAGGCCUUCAACGGAAAGGUCCUCACUGGCAUCAACUCCAACAAGGGUGACAUCUCCACCAUCACUGGCACUUGCGCUUCUUCCGUGAAGGAGAUCUGCGUUGAGUACGAGGGUACCGUUCCCGGCAAGGAGCCCAAGAAGAUUGGCUCUGGUCCCAGCAAGGCUUGCAAGUACUCUUCCGUCAAGUCUUGCUAA